GUAUCUCCAUAGCAAAACCUAGCAGCAGUCACUUUCAGGGCUUCUCAAACCAAGAACAAUGGCUCAAGUCGAAUCAGAGGUUUCCACAGCUGCUCUUGCGAAGAAGAGAACGUUCAAAAAGUUUUCCUUCAAAGAAGUCGAUCUCGAUGCUCUUCUUGACAUGCCCACUGAUGAUCUUGUCAAGCUCUUCCCUGCCCGUAUAAGAAGAAGGAUGAGUAGAGGAUUGACGAGGAAGCCUAUGGCUCUCAUCAAGAAAUUGCGCAAAGCGAAACUAGAAGCACCAGCUGGUGAGAAGCCAGAAGUAGUGAGAACACAUCUAAGGAACAUGGUGAUUAUGCCUGAAAUGAUUGGAAGCAUCAUCGGUGUGUACAAUGGAAAGACUUUUAACCAAAUCGAGAUCAAACCGGAGAUGAUUGGACAUUACCUUGCUGAAUUCUCAAUCUCUUACAAACCCGUUAAGCACGGCAGGCCAGGUCAAGGUGCUACACACUCCUCUAGUUUUGCUGCUAGAGUAAGUCACUCUCUGGUGCAUGAAGAGGUCACAAAGAUUCCAGAAUACACAGAACCUGAGGAGCCGGAGAUUCCAGAAGAGCCGGAGCUGCCGUCGCCGGAGGAGCCUGAGAUUCCAGAAGAGCCUGAGGUUCCUGAGGAACCCGAAGUUCCUGAGGAGCCCGAAGAACCAGAAGAGCCAGAAGGGCCAAAAUUUGGCUUUCCAUCAUGGAUUCCGAGCUUUCCUUUUCCCGGUGUUAAUGGCGGUUUACCAAAGAGUGAAAAGACAAAACCAACAUCAACAGUUGAAGAGGUUAACGAUUCUAACAAGAAGCCAUAGAUCAACGGGUGAAGAACGUCAAAAGGGUUGCAUCUCUAUAGUGAAUACUCUUCCUUGAUUAAUGAUUAUAUAAGUAUAUAUGCAAUAAUAUAUAUAGUGUUGGUGUGUUUGAUUAAAGAUGAUAGAAUACU